AUGGACACGCAAUCUACCACCGCAAGGACUGUGGCCAGCAGAGACGCGAGCGUUGAAUACAUCAGCGACAACAUCUUUCAAUUGACACUCUCCCCAGAGAACAAAGCGGAAGUAUUUGAGCCUGGCCUUUCCAAGCUGGACCAAGGUCAAGUGGAGGCCAGCCUCGUCCUUCGAAAUUUGACCUCAUGGUGUCCAGAUGUCGCUGCUCAGUUUUCCCAACGCUCAACUACCACCAUCUUGAAGACACCAUUCCGUCUGGUCUUUCCUUCAGACGCUCGGGGGGCUUUCGACAAAGACCUGUAUCCACGACAAUAUUUCGCGAUCUCCUAUUGCUGGCAUUCAGGCGACUAUCCGAACCCGAAUUAUGAACCGCACGAUCGUUGGCCUUUCAGCAAGCCCUUUGUAGAUGCCAUUCUGGGUGAGAAAGAAAACCCUCGCAUAGGACUUUGGAUUGAUCAGCUCUGUAUUGACCAAGAAGACACUCUCGACAAGCAAAUGUCUGUUGCUGCCAUGGAUGUGAUUUAUCGAUCAUGCAUGCGUCUACUGGUUCUGUUAGAAGACGUGAAACUUACUGAGGCGGAGACCCACCUUGUGGAGAACUUUGAAAUCACCAAGAUACAGUGGCAUAAGUCAUGGUUACCUGAGCCGGAGGUCAGACCGCUCUAUUUGUCUUUCUACAAGAAGAUCAACACAGCAAGAUGGCGUUACAGGAAUCACAAUGCGACGUUCUUCAUGAAUGGACCCGGUGAAUCCAUAGUCAAGAUGAAGUGGGUAAAUCUCCAAGUCAUCAUGUCUACAGCGAUAGACUUGCCGUCUCACGAGAACAAUAUCACUUUAAACGCCUUCAAGGGCCGAGAAAUCUUCUCGGGCUUUGCUAAUCAAGGCGGACCUCCUACAGCGACCAUGAAAUCGAGUAUCAUGGCCUCUCAUAACAGCGUAGCUCGUAAAGGCUGUCAGAAUCUUGGAGACCGCAUCAGCAUCAUGAUAAACAUCAGUGGGCGUGCCCUCGCAUACUACGGCGAGGCAUUGAACAACAAAGACGAGGUACUCUAUUUCAGCGCACUUCUCGCUCUCGCGGCAGGAGAGACAUACCCACUCAGUAUGACGGACCCCACAUCGAUCAGACUCAUGGGCAAUAAGACGUGGCUUUCGCGAAGCCUCGGUACUGGCGAUACUAUCAUUCCAAAAUUUCCUCUAGGAAGUGUGCAGGGCAUCCGCCAGAUUUCGACCGAAGUCAUCAGAAUCGACAUGAUUUUUCUUCCAAGGCUCGAUACACCAACAGAUCACAGCUUCGAGCUGGACACUGUUGGCCAAGUUUUCCCUGGCACAAUACCAACUACAGAGCCGGCAAAGCAUGUCGCUGAUGCAAGCAAAUCGCAUUUACCUGCCGCCCAGACGGACAGCGAAUGCGACGAGCACCGACGAAGGUUCAUCGCCACUUGUAUCAGUAAUGGUAUUCAGUUUACUGCCAAUCUAUGGGAGCAGAUAAAACGUGAUGUUGUACACCCCAACUAUAACCAAGGCAUUUUCAGAGAUCUGCAGCCAAACACUGCCCUCUAUAUACCAGCACAAAGACUUUUGGACCAACUACGACGAUAUGCAAGUCCAGAAACGUUGGAGAGUAAUGCAUUUGACUUGGAUGACGCCAGCAUCUUCUUGACCUGGGUAACCGAUCCUCGUUCAAUGUAUUACAUUGGCUCUCUUUCAUUCCGCUUGCAAUGCACCAUGGAUGGGCGUCAGGCUCUCAUGACUAUCACGAGCAUUAAGGAAGACUGGAAAGAUGCCAAGCUUGAGGCGCUUCAAGCUGCAAUCCCUACUGAUUUGCUUAACGCGAGUUGCAUGACGUCGAGGGUUUGGAUUCUGCAACCAUUGGAGAUCGAUGAAGGCGUUGUGUUGAGAUGGAAAAUUGUGGCAAAAGCGCUGCUGCUUGGUGAGCCAAAUUUGAUGGAGGAAUUGAGACUGCAUGGUAAUCAAGACGAUGCGGUGGUAGCGUUGAAGGCGGACACAUGCGUGGGUGGUUAG